UGCUGGGGCUGGCGCUCAUUCGGUGAGCUGGAGGCUGGCGGGCAGGCGGGCCGGGCACAGGGGCAAGGGCCCGGGGCUCCACGAAGCUGCCUCUUCCCCGGCUCCGGGGCUGGUCCUCCUCCGCCUCCGGCCGGGGGUCCCGCGUCCGCAACGCGCCCCUUGCAGCCCGUGCGGGAAUCACCGGACUUUUAGGCCGGGAAGGAGCACGGGAGGGUCUCUGGCUCAACGGCUACUUUCCCAGCUGGAGAAACUGAGUCCAAGACCCAGGAAGUGACGGGCCCCAAAUCACGAAGGAGAUCUCCUCACGAGGCCCGCUGAGAAAAUGGCCCCGCUGGCGACCGGCGUCCUGCUGUUGCUCCUGCCCCUCCUGAGGGCCCCGGCCGCCGCGGCCCUCUCGGUGCUGGUGCAGGCCGCCCUCCUGGAGGACGGCGGGGGCAGCGGGGAGCUGGAGGGCUCUUCGGCUUCCUCCCCCAGCCUCCCCCCGCCCCGGACCCCGGCCCUCAGCCCCACCUCGGUGGGGCCCCGGCCCACGCCCAUGGCGGGGCCCUCGCCCCCCACCAACUUCCUGGACGGGAUCGUGGACUUCUUCCGGGAGUACAUGCUGCUCAUCGCCGUGGUGGGGUCCCUGGUCUUCCUGCUCCUGUUCAUCAUCUGCGCGGCCGUCAUCGUCCAGCAGAAGCACAAGGCCUCCGCCUACUACCCGUCCUCCUUCCCCAAGAAGAAGUACGUGGACCAGAGCGACAGGACCGGGGGCCCGCGGGCCUUCAGCGAGGUUCCCGACAGGACCCCCGACGCCCGCCCGGACGACGCCGCCGUGGACGCCUCCCGCCAGCUGCAGGCGGACAUCCUGGCCGCCACGCAGAACCUCAAGUCUCCCACCAAGGGGCCCGUGGCCAACGGGGACGGAGUCAGGGUGGAGGAGACGGAGGGAAGGAAGAAGGACGAGGAUGGCGGCGCCGAGGAGGAAGCCCGAGGCCAGGGCGGCCCCGGUGAGAAGCCAGAGGCCGCCCCCGGGGAGGCCGCCGAGCCGGGGGCCGAGGAGCCGCCGGCCGUUGGGACGGACUGUGGUGAGCGGGAGGGCGCUUUGCCACCGGAAGCUGGGGAAGCCGCCGGUCUCCCCGUCCCCGAGGGUUCUUGUGCCUGCGGCAGUCCCUCUCCGGAGGUCGGGCCAGCCAGCGGCCUUCAGUGAACCGGGCCCGAAGCCCAGCUGGCCUCCAGACUCUGCUCCCGACCACCUAGACCAGGCUGGGUCGGCCCUGGGAGUCUGCCUGCGGCUGGGGGACGUCUCAGCCGACCUGUUCCCUAGAGCCCUGAACGUCCAUCCCAAACUAUCCGGGGGACCUGACCCUCCACUCGGCUUCCACCCCGGCAGCCCCUGAAAGGUCAGGACUUCCUCCGGCGCCUCCAGAGCCCCCCCAGAGCCGGACUGCGCCGGGUCCGAGCCCCCACGACAUAAAGGUCCGACCCCUUCUCUACAGACCCUCCCCCUGUGGCUGAACUCCAGGCCGCUUGCCACCGGCCCCCAGCACUGCCAUCUGGGGCUAGACCCUGGUGAGGGCCUUUCGGAGGCUUUCCUCGGAGGCAGGGAGGGACAGGAGAUGGCGCUGCAGUAGCAAAGGGUCGGGGGUUCCUUCAUUUCCCCUAAGAGGAUUGCUUGGGGGCCCUGGAGGCAGCACCUGUACCCCGACCUCGGAGGCCCACCGCCGCUCCCUGGCUCGGGAAACCACCUGAGGCGGGGCCAGGGGGCGGCUGGACCCUCGAGCCUGAAAUGGACAUCAGCGACCUUCCCCUCCCCAAAGACACGACUGGUACGGCGAGUCAGAGGAGACGGUCCGACCCAACAGGGGCGUCUCCUCCACUUAAGCUAAAAAAGGCAGGCCCCAGGUCCCUUUCCUCCUUCUAUAAUCACUUAUUUGUCCCACGGGCUUCAGGGUGGGGCCCCGGACUCCCCUGAGCCGCCCAUUAGAGCUUCACUGCCAACGCAUCUCCCGGAUCGGGCCGGACCAGGACCGCUGCUCUGGGGGGGGGGGAGCAGGAGCUCCCCUGCCGGCGUCCUCCAGGCCCCCAUCCCUGGUACCCUAUUAGUAAGGACAAGAAGGAGCGCGCCGCUCCAUCUACAAUGAUAACGACGGUACAUCCUAAUAAAACUGCUCUGGUGCGA